AUGCAUGAGAAGUUCGUUCGAGCUGAUGCUCAUGCUUUUAAAGAAAAGCAAAUCACCGAAUCUGUGAUUUCUAUGAUAGAGGGCGACAAUGGAGAUGCUAGAUGCAUUGCAGGUGGUAUCCCCUUCAGAAAUCUCAAUCAUCUUAUAGAUGGAACAUUGGUACUAGGAAACCCUGAUCGUUAUUAUGGAGCACGUCCAGAGCAACUCAACCGCAGAAUACGUAGUGAACUUGAAGACCAAAUUGUGCUAUCCACGCAGCAUGAUCUACCUAUAGCACCAAAUUUCUUCCUGGCAGCGAAAGGUCCUGAUGGGUCAGCAUCAGUAGCUAAAAGGCAGGCCUCCUAUGAUGGUGCAUUAGGAGCAAGGAGAAUGCAUUCGCUUCAAGAAUAUGGCAAAGAUGAACCUGAAUUUGAUAACAAUGCUUAUACAAUCUCUUCCAUAUACCAUGAUGGCACUUUGAAGAUGUUCACCAACAAUCCUCGCACAUUCCAGGAAGGUGCGACCUGGUAUCAGAAUGGCAGGGACUGGGCAAAGGAGCAAAGAGAUGAAGCAAUAAGACGAGCAAACGAGAAAGUUACUCAGAAUGAUAUUAGAUCCAGUGCCGUAAAUACGAGCUUCAGCACAGUUUGUGAAAUAUCGAGUACCGAGUCAAUCGCAUCUAUCACUGAGCAAUCUUAUUUCUCGUUCAGUGGCACAAAUACAAUCGAGACGCAUUCAUUGCAGUCGACACGUUCACUUUCGCCAAAACCUUCUCAGGAGGAAUAGAUUAUGUGUAGAACGAUAUAUCUGAGUCCUCGUGCAAUCAGACCUUCUAUAUGGGCGUUUAAUCUCACAGGGUAUUUCAUGUCACUGGGAUGGGG